GUUUACUUCCGGGUUGUCAAAGUCGAAAACAAGAGGUGCAGCAACACGCCCAUGACGCCGAGAAAAGCGGAUUAAAUUCCCGCAGAGAUGGCAGGGGAGUCCGAGGACGAGAUACCAGAAUCAGGGGCAGUUUUCACUUUUGGAAAAAGCAAAUUUGCAGAAAACGUCCCGAGUAAAUUCUGGCUUAAAAAUGACGUCCCGUUAAAGAUUGCCUGUGGGGACGAGCACACCGCCUUAAUAACAGAAAAUGGGAAACUCUUCAUGUUUGGCAGCAACAACUGGGGCCAGCUGGGUCUGGGGUCCAAAGUGACUGUGAACAAGCCGACGUGCGUCAAAGCCCUGAAAUCUGAGAGAGUGCACGUAGUGGCCUGUGGGAGAAACCACACCCUGAUCUACACAGCCCAGGGGAGGGUGUUCUCCUCGGGGGGGAACAGUGAGGGUCAGCUGGGGCUCGGGGACUGUGAGGAGAGGACGUCUUUCCAGAGAAUCACCUUCUUCGACUCACGGGGACCAAUCAAAAUGCUCGCUGCCGGCUCGAACACGUCUGCCGCUCUCACAGAGGGGGGGGACCUGUUCAUGUGGGGCGACAACACAGAGGGGCAGAUCGGCUUGGGGAAGGAGAGCCACGCCUACACGCCGCAGGAAGUCAGCGUGGGCCGCUCCGUCAGCUGGGUAUCGUGCGGGUACUACCACUCCGCCUUCGUCACAGAGGACGGAGGGCUAUACACGUUUGGGGAGUGGGACAGCGGUAAGCUGGGUCUGAGCACGGAGCAGCUGCAGAGGCACCGCCUCCCCCAGCUGGUGGGGGGGCUGAAGCGGCCGGUGACUCAGGUGGCCUGUGGGGGAGGACACACCGUGGCACUCACAGAGGACGAUGUGUUCACGUUCGGCCUCGGACAGUUCGGACAGCUCGGUCACGGGACGUUCAUCUUUGAGUCUCGGCUGCCGCGACGCGUCGAGCACUUCAAGAAGGGACGAGUGUGUCAGGUGAUCUGCGGAGAAAACCACACCGCUGUCAUCACAGACGGCGGCCUGCUGUACACGUUCGGAGACGGCCGACACGGUAAACUGGGCCUGGGAGAAGAGAACUUCACCAACCAGUUCAAACCCACGCUGUGUCCACGCUUCCUCAAAUACAACGUUCAGGCAGUCACAUGCGGCGGCUGCCACAUGGUGGUGUUGGCCCGGCCGAGGGACCCGAGCGCUGCCGCCGUGACUCUGGAGGACGACGACGUGACGGAGGACUUCCUGGAGAAGCCGUACGUGGAGCUUCCGGGGGACAUGACGGACUCCUCCACCCUGCAGAGGAGCCUCUCUGCUCGGGUCCGCAGGAGGGAGAGGGAGCGGUCCCCGGAGCAGUUCGGCUCCGUGUUCGGUGUCACGCCCGGCCUCCUGCAGCCUCCGCCCCCCCUCUGCAGCCACACAAGCAGCAACAGACAGGUGCUGAACGGAACGCACCAACACGGGAGCGCAGGGUCAAUGCACCAGGGCGACGUGGCAGAGAGCCUGACGGACAGCGACAGCGUGAAAGGCCUCGGGGAAACCUCAGAUUUCCUCAACAUGACACACGUGAUGAAGAUGGACCCCGGUGAUAAAACCCUCACACUGUCUCCGGUUCAGAAGAGGAAGGGUAAGCACGGUAAGAGCUCUAAAGUUCAGAUUAGGAUGAAGCAGAGCCGUCUGUCUUCUCAUGAGGGCAAAGGUGUUUCUCCCCGCCGGGCGUUACCCACCGAGCUCCUGAGGAGCCCGCAGACUCACAGUCAGAACAAGGAGAACCUGAUCCUGGCCAUGGAGGAGCUGCAGAGACCCGGUAAAAACCAGCAGGGCGUCGGGGACAUUAAGAAGGCGGCGUCCAAGCAGCGGCUCCGGCCGGCUGUGGGGAAAAGCCAGCUGAUGGAGGUGGCCAGGAAGAAACAGGGUCCUGACCUCAGGAAGAGGGUGGACCCUGCAGGGAACAUUAAAGCUGUCCAAAGCAAACCCGUCGCCGUGCAAAGAGUUAGCUCCCGGAGUACACACACACAGGUGCUGCAUCUCAGUGAUGCUUUAGAGGAGGAGAGAGUAUCUGAGGUUAGGUCUAACGAGGGCCCAGACCUCUCUAAGAAAUCCAAGAACGAGAGAAACAGAAAAGAGGCAAAAAUAAAGGCGGAGGAUGUGGAGGAAACUCCCACAAAGGCUUCAAAGCUGCGUCUCCUCGCCGGGGCCGCCUCUCUCACAGCAGGGGCACUGAUAGUGCACGAGGUGGCGUCCAGAAGGUCAAAAUCUCCUUCACCAUCUUUAUCAGAGAGCAUCAGCGGCAACCUCAACGACCACAGGACAAAGCCCCGGGGCCAGGAGUCUGAACCUCAGGAUGAAGAGUACAGCAACAGAUCAGCCGUCAGCAUCAACAUCAUACCUCAGAGUCCUGAGGAAAGCAAGGAGACCAGUCAGGAGGGAGGAGAGGAGGAGGAAGAGGGGUCUGCCACAGGGAAACAGCAAGAGGAAGAGGGGGAGGAGGAAGAGGAGGAGGACUCUGCCACAGGGAAACAACAAGAGGAAGAGGGGGAGGAGUCUGCCACUGGGAAACAGCAACAGGAAGAGGAGGAGGAGAGAACAAGUGCAGACGUCAGCGAGAAGGAGGAAGACAGUGACAGCGUUGAGAAGGAGACAGAAGAUGAAGAGGAAGAGGAGGACAGCAACACUCUUCAACCAGAGGAGGAAACUGAUGUAGGCUAUGAGGUGAGUAAGGAUGAGAAAGAGGAAGUCCGUCGCAGUGAGGAUAAAGUCACAGAAGAAGAAGAAGAAGAAGACAGCAACACUCUUCAAACAGAGAAGGGGGAGGAGGAGGAGGAGGAGGAGGAGGAAGAAGAUAAGAGCAGUGCUGAGGAAGAGGAGGAGGAGGAAGCAAGUGGCACAGCAGGGAGUGAAACUGAAGAUGAGAGUGAAUCAAAAGAGAGCAGAGGAAGUGAUGUAGAGGAGGAAGAAGAAGAGGAGGAAGGGUCGAGUCACGAGACAGAGAGCGCAGGAGCAGAGUCUGAAAGUGAAGAGGAAGGUGAGGAAGAGGAGGAGGUGGAUUUGGAUAGUGACAGUGAGGAAGAGGAGGGAGAAAGUGAGUCCUUGAAGUCUUCGGAGGAAGAGGAGGGAGAAGAAAGUGAUGAAGGGAGUGAGACAGAGGGAGAAGAGGAGCAGGAGGAGAAUAGACCUGAGGAAGAAGAGGAGGAGAGGGAGAGUAGUGAGGAAGAAAGUGAAGUGGAGGACAGUGAAAAGGAAGAAGAAGAAGAAGGAGAGGAAGAGGAGGAAGAGCAGGAGGAAGAAGGAGAGGAAGAGGAGGAAAAAGAGGAGGAAGGAGAAGAGGAAGAGGAAGAAGAGGAAGAGGAGGAAAAAGAAGAGGUAGGAGAAGAGGAAGAGGAGGAAAAAGAAGAAGAGGAAAAAGAAGAGGAAGAGGAGGAGGAAGAAGAGGAAGAGGAGGAGGAGGAGGGGGAGGAGGAGGAGGAAGAGGAAGAAGAGGAAGAGGUUGUCAAAAAGAAAAAGUCUGCUGAAGUCCAGAGAGGUAAAUCCAGGAGUAGGCCGAGGUCGGGGGUCAAAGGUCAGGCGGCAGGUGAGGAAGAGGAGUUCUGGGACGACGUGCUGCCGCAGUACCUCAACCUGAAGUGACACCAACACUGAGGAAGACUUCCCUGUGCUCCUAUUGGCUAGUGCUCCGGCACAUUGUACACGAUAGGCUAAGGGGGCAGGACAUAUCUAAGCGGUCGAACAAUCACAGCAGAGCCGGGCAACUGACCAACUUUGAACAUUAAAACAAUAAAACAAAUCUCUAUAAGGAGGUGGAGUCAA